GUUUUGUAUAGCACAACUUUUUGGGCCACCCUGUAUAAUUACAAAAGUCUUAUUUGAAUAGAUUUUAUUAAGUCCUUCAACUUUUAUACAGGAAGUUUUUUUUAUAUUGUGCACUAUUUUCAAAAUAAUUGACUGUUCCGGGACUUUUUACACACAGUGUAUAAAACAAAAUUAUCAAGGCAUUGAAGGCAAAGCCGAUAAAUAAAUUGAGUUUCGAGUAAAAGGCCUGUCCGAGGAAAUCAUUUACAAUCGGUUCAAGCAGUUGCAUAUUUCCCGGAGAAAAUGCAUUUAAUUUGAUUGCGGCCGGCCAUUGGGACAGUUUAAUGACAUUUCAAUGUCCAAUUAUUCGUCUUUGGACUGAAACUAGAAUCAAUUACAUUUUUAAUAAAAUUAAAUUUUAAUACCUCAAAGUUCUUCCAUCCAAUGUUUCACGAACAACAAACAAAAAUCGCGUAACGCGCGUAGCUGACAACUCCGUAGCUGAGCCGGACUCAGCUUCGCGUUCCAGCUUCAGUAAAACGACUGAAGCUCGGCCCGAAGGCGUCGCUUCGCUUCUUGGGCCCCGACGCUGGCGCGGUGUAGCUUCAGAGUUUUAUUGUUUUCGAAAAGGUAACCGGAGGAUGAUUUAUGCCUAUUAAGGCUCGGAUUUCUUCAUCGGAUCUGUUAAGAUUAAUUAGAUUCAGGAGCUAAUUUCACGCCCUUAGAAAUACCCAAUACUAUAAAGUUUCAUGAUCCAAACUUAUAUUUUUAUAAUAAAAUUUGAGAUUUUAUUAUCUGAAUGGUAGUUAAUGUUUUUCAAUAUUUAGGCCUGGUUUAUUUGUCUUCAGAUAACUAUCAGCAAGAUAAGUUUACCGUUUCAUGAUUGUAUUGGUCGGCGGAUAACUGGACGACCAAUAGAAUUACAUAUUCGUCAGAUUGACAGUGAAUAAACCGGCUCUUAAUAAAUCUUUGAGAUUGACCCAAUUUAAUUUUUGCAAAUAGAAUCAAGAACAAAUAAAUAAAAGCAAGUAAGUAUCUUAUUACGGUCUUCAGAUAAGCUCUUAUCAUGUCUGCCUGAUGGUAAAGUUUUCCCGAAAUUACUUUCGAAUUUAAUCGUCUCCUACGCCUUUUGUUAAGAGGUUUGCUUUAUUAUAUGAAACCGAUAUCCAUCAGAGAAAAACAAUUUUAUCCGCAGGCGCUUUCCAUAAUUUUCACUGCUUCGAAAGUUGUAUAUACUUUUUUUAUUGCGAUGAUGUUAUUGGACAUAAAAACCGCACCUGCUGGUCAGGGGAAUAUUUGAUGUUUUAAUGCGUAGAAUAUGGAUUAUUUGUAAAAUAUUAUACUGAAAGUUACAGAAAAAGCUAAUUGUUAUUGAGGUUAUUAAAAAAGUUCUCGAGAAAAUAAAUUACUCUAUAAACUUCCAAGCGCUGGAAUCUUUGAUGGAGUGCACUUAUCCAAAAUUUAUGAUAGUUUCAGCAGUUUCAAGAGAAACUUGAGAUAUGGAGUAGUUAUUGAAGAAAAUGCCAAGGGUAGGAGUAUGUGUGCAUGUGUCCAGAUAAGGAAAGAAACCAAAAUUGUUUAUUGGAAUUCAGCUUUCCACUUUCGCCAUCAUCAGUACUACCUGCAAGCGAGCGAAAAAGCAGUUGUAAAUAUGUAUACCGACACUUGUCAGGAAGUUGAAAUUGUAACGACAAUAAUUUUAACUUCUGUGUCAGAACCUGACAUGUGAGUGAAAAGGAAAAAUUUAAAAUUCUACAUUAACUAGUUUAUUACAUACAUAUUAACAACUGCUCUAUAAUGAAUUUCUUCUUUGCUCGCUUGCAGGUAGUACUGAUGAUGGCGAAAGCCGAAAACGUUCUACUACGCUGAAUUUCAAUAAACAAUUUUACAUGAGAUACACUUUGUUUCUUUCCUUAAGGGUAUUUCGUGCAGUUCAAUUUUUGGUUAAAAUCGUGUGUCAAAGUGAUCAAUAUCUUGCUAAUUGUUAUGCGAAUAUCAACAAAGAAAAUUAUUUAAAAAACAUUUUUCGAAAAGCAAACUUUAACGCCUGCGUCUCGAACGCAAUCGAUUGAUGGCGUUUCAGCGCUGGAUUUCAGUCGCUGUACAAGUUCAGCGACGUAAGCUGGGCCCCCUAUUUUUUUCCAGGACAGUUUUAUUUACUGACGAAAAAAUGUAUGGGUUUGUCAACUAUGCCUUGGAAUUAUUGGUAAUUCAAACGUUUGGCGAAGAAACUUGGGAAACAAUAAAGAAAAAAGCCGACGUUCAGAUGGAGGGUCAAUUUCUCGUCCGUCAAAUAUACGAGGACGAGCUGACUUACAAUUUAAUAUCCGCCGCUGUCGAAGUUUUAAGUAUUCCGGCCAACCAAAUUCUGGAACUUUUUGGUAAAACCUUUUUUGAAUUCUGCCAAGAUUCCGGAUACGAUAAAAUUCUACAAGUGCUCGGAGCUACUCCACGUGAUUUUUUACAGAAUCUUGACGCUUUACACGACCAUUUGGGAACACUGUAUCCGGGCAUGAAAGCUCCAUCAUUCCGGUGCACCGAACGGCCAGAGGAUGGCGCUCUAGUGCUGCACUAUUACUCUGAUCGACCCGGUUUGGAGCACAUCGUUAUCGGCAUCGUGAAGACUGUGGCCAGUAAAUUGCACGAAACCGAAGUGGAAAUUGAAAUUUUAAAAACGAAAGAGGAGUGCGAUCACGUGCAAUUUUUGAUAACGGAAAAAUCCGGGCCCGAGAGGCCUUUGCUUCCGAAAAUUGAUGAAAUUGAGACUCUUUCCUUAGAACCAAAAGUAAGCGCUUCAACGUUCUGCCGAGUGUUUCCAUUUCACAUAAUGUUCAAUCGCAACUUGGAAAUCGUUCAAACUGGUAGUACUAUUGCCAGAAUUAUUCCCAAGGUCACCGAACCUGAGUGUUUGGUAACCGACGUUUUAGAUCCAAUUCGUCCUCAUUUGGAGUUAACUUUCGAGAACAUCCUCUCUCACAUUAACACAAUUUACGUGCUAAAAACCAAAUAUGGUGUUAUGCAAGUCGAUGCUCCGCCCGAAUACAGAUUUUUACGGAUAAAAGGUCAGAUGCUGUUUGUUCCUGAGAGCGAUUUAGUUGCGUUUUUGUGCUAUCCUAGCGUCGCAAACCUGGACGAUCUUUCCAGACGAGGCUUGUACAUAAGCGACAUUCCUCUACACGACGCAACUAGGGAUUUAGUUUUGAUGUCCGAACAAUUCGAAGCUGAUUACAAGCUGACCAGGAAUUUGGAAAUUUUAACCGAUAAGCUCCAGCAAACUUAUAGGGAGCUGGAUAGCGAGAAAAAGAAAACAGAUCAAUUAUUGUACUCGGUACUACCGAUAAGUGUCGCAAGCGAGCUGCGACAUAAGAGACCGGUACCAGCCAAAAGAUAUGGCUGCGUCACGUUGCUUUUUUCAGGAAUAUGCGGGUUUUCAGCGUAUUGUGCUUCUUAUGCCGAUUCUAAUGGGGCAAUGAAAAUUGUAAAGAUGCUCAACAAACUUUAUACCAAAUUUGAUUGUCUCACUGAUUCUAAAUUGAAUCCAAACAUUUAUAAGGUAGAAACAGUCGGUGAUAAAUACAUGGCGGUAAGCGGCUUACCGGAGCCUUGCACUUCGCACGCUAAAAACAUUGCAAAAUUGGCACUCGAUAUGAUGGAUUUGGGUAGUACUGUGGUGUUUGAUGGAGAACCAGUCAAAAUCACAAUCGGGAUUCACACAGGAGAAGUGGUCACAGGAGUAAUUGGUCAAAGAAUGCCCAGAUUUUGCCUGUACGGUAACACGGUCAAUUUGACCAGUAGAACUGAGACUACGGGAGAAGCUGGUAAAAUAAACGUAUCGGAAGAUGCUUAUAGGGUGCUACUUGAAGAAGACAAUUUCGAUGAACAAUUUAGGUUCGAUUACCGAGGCCCGGUACAGAUGAAAGGCAAAUCGGACCCCAUGAAUGUUUACUUGCUUUCCAGAAAUAAAUAAUUUUAUUCCUAUAUUAUAGGUAGUUGACAUGGUAAUUGGCUUAUACGCCGCGGGAUAUAUAACCGAAGAAACACACAUUACACACGGUCUAUUUGUUUUAUUUAUGUAAAUCGUAUUUUGCAUUAAUUUGCAAACCUGUAAUAAAUUGUGGAGUAA